GCGUCGAACCUUGUUUCAUGGGGCUCUGCCUCACACUGUGUGCACCCAGGAUGGAAAGCGAAACUGUGCUGUUAAGUUUCGUUUUCCAGAGUAUCAGCUGCGAACAGAUUAUAAAUACAGACUGCCUACGAAGCUGCAUCCAGAAUUCAGACGCAUCUCUUCGGCUCCGUAGUUUUUCCACGAAGAAGACCAACAAACAACAUGAGCAGAUCAACAGGUAAUAAAUGAAUCUGAUUUUUUUCUAUGUAAAACAGUAAUAUGCCGUUUAUUUAUUUAUUUUGUUCUUGGACUCAGUGUGUUUGUUUUGAUCAGUGAGACGCCAUUCUUGCCUCAUCAACUUGUCCUCCCCUCAUAUUAACCUACAUUAAUAGCAUUGUUUUACAUCUCUGUGUGAUGUUACACUCGAGAAGAAUGAUAUUAUCCUAUUUCCCAAAUGCAAACCUGGACAAAUAAGACUAUUGUUGUUGUUUUUGCUUGAGCAGUUCCCACCCUUCUUAUUAUUAUGGGCUUAAGGUCGCUUUGGAAAAUAGGAAAAGCAAUGUGAGUUUUUUUGUUUUGUUUUCUUGACUACAAAGCUCUUUUUUCCCCCUCACUUUUUCCUCAGACUGGACUCCUUCCUUGUGGUUGGACAUUUUUGAAGAAUUGCUGUAUGAUGACAAUGAGCUGGACUAUGGAGACCAGUGGACCCUGAACUUCAACUACAGCCAGACAGACAAAGUCACCAAGGAGGAGAGGAAGAGAGGCUGGAAGGUCUACUGCCACUGUGCAUAUGGAAAGUAUGUAUAAAAUUGUAUUCUUAAAAUCUAUGGAUUUGGAGCUCUUAAUUUUUGUAAACUCAUUUUGUUAAUUGUGGUUACACCAUAAUAAUGUGUUCAGUUGUCAGCUGUGUUUGUAUGCUCUCUCAAACUCCUCAUACUGGUGUGACCUCAUUCCAGGUCAUAUGAUUAAAUGAUUUUGUGACAGUGCGCAGGUCACAUGGAGCAUUAAAACAGUGUCACACUGUGGGGAAAAACAGGCACUGCACCCUGUGGUGGUAAAAAGCACCUGGAUUAUCCAAUUGAGGGGACAUGGCAAUACAACAGAGUAUACAGUGAUAUUUUUACUUUGUUGUGAUAAUGGAAACCUGUGUAGAUGUGUACCUACAGCUCUAAUGGAGUGAUGACUUAAAUAUAACUCACAUUGAAUUGUAUUUUAGUAGUUUUCAAUGAAGAAUAGGAAGAUUGACCCUAUGGAUCCAGAUUCAAAUUCUAUCAGCACAAAUGUUCCUAACUUAUAAAGAUCUCACUGUGAUGCUUUCAUUCAUUGUCCUCUCCUCUCUUUCACAGUUUCCGAUGUGCAACCUGCAACAAGACCUGGCCUUCUGCUCGGGUGGUGGUGUUGUUCCGCUACCGGCUGAGGGGGGACCGCGGGACGGUGAUCAUGCGGCCUUUUGGGCAGUCCUGUCGCCGUUGCCAAGACGAUGAGUUUGAUCUUCCUGGAUUUUCCCAGAAGGAGGUGGAAGAGGCCCUCCUCAGGCUGUUCAGCAAAAUACGCAAGAAUUGCUACGGAGACGAGGAUGACAGAGAUGAUGAUGGCUCAUCAGCAUGCUCCACUAAAGUGUGGACCAAACCACAUGAGGCGUCCCUGUGUGAGGCCUGCAUUAUGGGAAUCUGCUGCCAGGAUGAUGAGUAGAAGUGUGUGUGUGUGUGUGUGUGUGUGUGUGUGUGUGUGUGUGUGUGUGUGUGUGUGUGUGUGUGUGUGAGAGAGAGAGUGAGAGAGAGAGCGAAAGAGAGAGAGCGAAAGAGAGAGAGAGACACUUUCAAGAGACCAAAAUUAAUAAUUUGUGUUCUUGCUGGCUAAGAUGCUCCUUUGUAUUUGGCCUCUGAUCCAUUUUUCCUGUACAUACAGUAUGUUGGAGAGUUUUACUUACUAGGAGCGAUGCCUUUACAUUCCUAAGUGCUAUAAAAAUAUGUACCAUAAUACUAGGACCAAUGAUAAGGGUGUUUAAGUGUACAUAUAAUUGUGUAUCUCUUUGUACUUUUGUUGUUAUUAAUAAAGUAAAUCAAGUCCACCAACAUAA